UUACUUGUAUAUGUGUGAGCUUGGAGUCUGUUGUCUCUGAAUCUCGGACUCUCGUGUUUGGCAGUUAUGAAAUCUAAAUUUCCCUGUAUAUUGAGCUACAACAGCAAUCAUUACCGCAACCAGAAUAUACGCUACCUGACAGAGUCGCCUGCUAUUCGAGGGCGUUGUCACUGGCGCCGUAAGAUGCGUGAUUGGCCGGCAAUCGGACUGCGGUUAUGAGCCAGCUGACUAAGGAGCAAAGCGCCUUCAAUCCCAAGGACGACUACAAUACGCUCUUGCAGAUCAUGAGCCAAGAGUUCGAUGAGCGGUGGAACCACCCUACGCAGUCUCCCCAUUCCAAUCUCCACAACUAUGUGCAGCGUGCCGUUCUUGGCCACGGCAGCUUCGGCACUGUGCUCCUGGUCAGAGAGAAGAAUGGAAAGAACUACUACGCCGCCAAGAUGAUGAGCAAGGAGUUGUUGGUGCGACAGAAUCAGGUUCAACAUGUUCACAAUGAAAAGCAUGUGCUGAGUGCCACCCGAUUUCCCUUCCUCAUCCACUUGGUGGACUCGACAAAGGACUUUGACAAUCUUUACUUGAUCCUACCGCUUGUCAACGGAGGUGAGCUUUUCACCUACCACCGCAGGGUGCGCAAGUUUAACGAAAGACAGGCCCGCUUCUAUGCCGCCCAAGUGCUGCUGGCUUUGGAGUACAUGCACCAGAUGCUCCUCAUAUACCGAGACCUAAAGCCCGAGAAUAUCCUGUUGGACGCUCGUGGUUACAUCAAGCUCACAGACUUUGGAUUUGCAAAGCGAGUGGACGGUCGAACCUCAACCCUGUGCGGAACCCCGGAAUACUUGGCACCAGAGAUUGUGCAACUGCGACCAUACAACAAGUCGGUGGACUGGUGGGCCUUCGGCGUCCUCAUCUAUGAGUUCGUGGCUGGGCGGUCGCCCUUCGCCGGCUACAGCCACGAUGCAAUCGUGAUGUACAACAGGAUCUGUAACGAGGACUACAAGAUGCCCAACUUCUUUAGUAGCCACCUGAAGAACCUUGUGGACAACCUCUUGCAGGUGGAUACCUCAAAGCGUUUAGGAAACUCUAACGAAACCGCCAUCGAUGUGAAGCAUCAUCCCUGGUUUCAGAGCGUCGAAUGGUAUGCCAUUCUCAAUCAGGAGGUUCCAGCACCCUUUGUGCCAAGUGUCGCCGGUUCCGAGGACCUCUCGAACUUCCAGCACUUCCCGUUUCAAGAGCACGCAAGAUCCCGAAGCAAUCAGCAUGCUGAACUGUUUGCUAAAUUUUAAGUCGUAACUUCCGAGCAGAUAUAGUAGUCGUUAUUCGUGAUUUAUUAAGAAUGUAUCAUUUUUUACAAUUUAUUGUACUAUUGUACAUUGAAAAAAUGAAGUGUAAUUAUUAAGA